AAAAUCACCCCAAGCUCCUUACCGACUCGUGUGUGUGUGUAUAUAUAUAUAUACCCAUAGAAGUAUUGAACAUAUCUUCUUCGUUCACUGAAUCAUAUUCUCUUCCUUUCAAAAAAAUCAUAUUCGCUUUAGUGUUUUAAAUUGGAUUAUUGCAGAAAUGGAAUCACUUUCCACGAGGAAUCUGAUUUCUGCAACGCAAAAUGGGUUCCUUCCCAGGUACGCGUCCAUACCCGUUCGAUUACCCAGAAUCGGAACCCAUGUCAGCCGGAAGCGCUUUGUUCUUUACUCCAAGAAAGCUGCUUUCCAAGAUUAUCAGGGUUAUGCAAAACCUUCAAGGCUUUUGGUGGCCACAGAACCAGAAAUUUGCACUGAUUCUUCUCUCGAGAAGAAGUUCAAAUCUUUCAAAGUGAGGGGAUCCAAGAGUUUAUACAAAGUCAAACUACAAACUAGUAGUAUCUAUGGAUCAGGUCUGAGCAACUUAAAUGCUGGAAUACUGCUUUGUUUGAUAGAUGAAAAUGGUGACUCAAUCUUACAGAGGAUACCAGCAAGUUUGAUUAAAGAACAUUCUAAUCAAUUAGAGGCUGAGGUUGUUUCUGAUGUACUCCACUUCCAGAGAGGUUCUCUUGAUGAGUUUGCCUUUGAAGGGCCUAAACUGCAGAAAAUUGAGUCCUUAUGGGUCGGCAUUGAAUCAGGUCAAUGGAGAAUAGGUGGCAUUAACUUAAUCACAACUUGUCGUUAUCAAUCUACAUUGGAGGAAAAUGGCGGAAAAGAAGCGCCAUAUAUUGGUUAUGAAUACAAAUUCGAGGUUGAAGAUACGUUGCUGGGUGAGGGAAGUGACCUAUCCAUGGUAGAACUUAGACCUUGCCUCAUUACAGAGUUCUCUGGUGACAACUUAGCCUUGUUAAAUAAGUACCUCCCGGAACCUAAUUCAGUUGCAACUGAUGGAAAAUCAAAGGAAGAAAGCAUGAGAGAUUAUGCAGAUUUGAAGUUCUCUUUGUUAUUUUACGACACUUUGCUUGUACUUUCUGGCUCCUCCAUCGCAUCCUUUUCAGCCGGUGAAAAUGCUGCUUUUGGAUUCUUAACCGGAGGGAUUAUUGGAUUUUUGUAUCUACUUUUGCUUCAAAGGUCUGUUGAUGGAUUACCAGCUCCUGGAUCAAAGUUGGUAGACAAGAAAGGAAAAUUUGAUCAACUACUUGGAAGAAUUAGGGGUCCGGUGUCAAGUCUAGUGUUGGCUUUUAUAUUUGCUGUUAUUGCGGUGAAAUAUGGCUCAGAAGACGGUGCUGUUGACUUAACGCCGAAAGAACUCAUGUUUGGAAUGCUGGGAUUUCUGUCAUGCAAAGUUGCCGUGGUUUUGGCUGCAUUCAAACCCGUGCCACUGGGACUAGGGGAGAACAAGUGACAUUAUAUUUUCUUCAUUUUGUGUGUAUGAUGUAUAUAUGUACAUAUUUAGAGAAAGGCACCUAAACAUUAUUUCCUUAAGUUGUAUACAUGUUUUCUUAUUGUUUCU